CCCCACCCAAGGAUCACGGAACCCAGUCCUCGUACUCAGACUUCAUCUCCAACUUUUUACACUUCGAGUUUUUCAUCUUCUAUCUCAUAUCCUACAUACAUAGUGCAAAAUUAGCCCAGAACCCCAAAACAACGUCAUCACGUGAAACACCCCACGAUGACAACCAACACACCCCCCAAACCCGAACGAACAGCCAUCAGAGGCAUCCUCGAAAUCCCUCGUCUGAUCACGGGUCUCUGGCAACUUGCCGGUGGACACGAUAAAGAUGUUGAUAUCUCCGUUGCUACGAGGGGGAUGGGUCCUUUGUAAGUAAGAUACGUGAUGCACCGCAUUAGGUCAAUAGAUAGUAGAUACUAAUUUGGUACUACUGUAGGAUUGAAGCGGGGUUGGGUUUUUUUGAUAUGGCGGAUUAUUAUGGUGAUGCUGGUACGAUUUCAAGUUUUCGUCAUCAUAUGUUUGUAGUUGAGGGGUUUUUGAGCCAUUGACUAAUAGAUGUUGUGUCUAGAACUUGUCAUCGGAAAACACCAUGAAAACUCCACGAAAAAAAGAUAACCGCCUUCACAAAAUGGUGUCCCAUUCCCAACGGGAACACGAGCUUCGAACAAGCCGAAAAGGCCAUCGAUCUAUCUAUUUUUUAGAAUGAACCAGAAAUCCAUUCCUUUACUACAAUGUCCGUCUAACCCUCCAUUACCCGUUCUCUCUCAUACCAGCAAACCUAACUACUUGUAUAACCCAGAUCACACCUAAUCUUACGCAGACCCCACACAUCUCAACCACCUCAAGUCCCAAAGCAAAAUCUCCACCCUAGGACUAACUAACACCAAAACCAACACACCCCACCUCACCCACCUCCUCUCUCCAACUUCCCAAUCGCAAGCAACCAAAUCUCCUGCUUCGUUCUCGACCGGCGAUUCGUCCUCGGAGACAUGUCUACUAUUUGUAUCGAGGGUGGUAUAUCUGUUGUCGCCUACGGAACUUUAUUAGACAGUUUCCUAUCCGAGGAAUGGCUAACAAACCAGAACCAGAAAAUGAUAAUGAAUUAAACUGGGGUUUGCGAAAAUAUCUCGUUUCAUAACCAUCACGGGGGAUGGGAAAAUUUCCAAGUCGUCAUCUUACUAAACACUCUGAAUAUACUCGCAAAAAAGCACCAUGUUGGGAUCGCAGGUACGUCCUAGUUGAUAUCCCGGGGAUCAGCAUUGUGGGCUCGAGACUUGACACCGAGUCUGAGAGGUAUGUUGGGAGGAAUUUGGAGGUCUUUGGGUUUGUACUUGAUGGGGGGAUUUAAGGC